CAGCUUAUGUAGAAGAACAACAUCAGUAGUAGUAGGAACAUAUGGACAUUCGCAUAUGCGGUGUAAAUAGUGUUUGUCAUCCAGGCGUACAUAAUGAUUAAUUUGGUUGGAUUUCCAAUGAAAUGUUUGAUCUGGGUCUUGAGCGACGUUGACCUCAAUGUAGGGUCCUUGUCCGUUCUGAAAAGAAUUCAAGGAAAACCUCACGGACAGAGCCACAGACGGACGGGCUAUCAUCGUCGAUAGCCAAGUAUGCAAUCAUUCCUAUCUCCCCGGGAGGAGAGUGCUUGGAUGGACCCUAUAACUUCCACAGAACUUGUUAAACCUCCCAUAAACUGAGGCGAGGAAAGAAACAUUCGUUCUAGAUAACGGCAUCCACUUCUGUUUGCUCUUCCAAUAUUGAUCCCAGCGUCAAGCCCUCGUCAGUAGCUCUAUGAGCGAGUAAUAAUCCUUCGUCAGGCAACAAUGCCAAGGCUCUGGCCCAUGGUCCGUAUGACCUCGCUGUCUUUGGCACAAUCAUCGGGGCCUUGAAAUUUCAACUCUGCAGUAUGGGAUGGGGGUUUGAUUGUUGAGGCCGUACUGGCACCAGUGCACCAAUUUUCUAUCCCACUGGUUCUGUAUGCGUCAGUAGGUGGCAAUGCGCUCAUUCCACACCUGAUUGCGAGGCGGUCGUCCCCCCCGACGCCGAUCGAGGAGGAUCACGAUCCCACUUCCCCGAAUUCCGUCAAUUCGUAGGAUUUCUUGUUUAUUCAAGCGAUCUGCCGUGCCUGGUCGGGUUCGUUCCAGUUGUUCUCGCCUGGCGUCGUUUUUCGGCCAAAUCUUGCCCGCGUCCAUGGCCUACCCGCUCUCUUUCUCUGUCUCUGUCGUCUUUGUCGUCUGUCUCUCUAUCUUUGGCCCUCUGAUUCUCGGGUAUUAGACUAGUGGAGUAGUUGGUCCUUGUGAGCUGACUCGUCCAAGGAGAGAGGCGGUAUGAUCAUUAAAGAUGGCAUGGUCGAGCCCUGUCCGACGUCGUCGAAUCCAGAGGCUCCCCUGGCGCUAGCUCGGGUCCGGCCACGUAGCAGGCCCUUAGAUGGCGUAGAGCGCAUGCAAGUUCUGUGGAAAAUUGCGCACAGAUUCCUGUGAAUUCGAGGGAACUGCGCCUUCCGGACGCGGCCCCGUGACAGCUGUACGUUGCGGUUGGAUCCCUGGGUUGUCUGUGCUCAUCAGUCAGGCCUUGUGUGCUCUUGUGCUCUCUUUGGAAAUACUCAAAAUUCCGAAAAAGUGGCCUUGUCUUAUCGAGGGGGGCGAGGGCAAGAGAAGGUGGCGGUGGUAAUGGUGGUGGUAAUGCAGAAUAACUAGCUAGUACUGCUAGUCCGUUGAAGGGAGUUUGAAUCGGAAGAAAAGUCGUCGAGCGUGUGCUUGGUGAGUGUGUGUGCCAUGAGGCAACAGGCUUACUGGCCUACGAGUUCUCGGUAGUAGUGUGGAAGAUAUACAUUGUAGUCUUGGGAUACACAUCUAACUGACAUAUCAGCAUCCCCAUCUUCUACAUUAUCAUCAUCAGCAUCAGCAUCACCAAGCUCCAAGUUGCAAACACUUGGUGAUUGGACAAGAGAGGCUAUUAUUCUCAAGUGUGCCAACAUGCUUCAUUGUCCAAGAUGUUCGGGUCCUUUGGAAGUGCGGCCGAACUUGGAAAAACCCAUCAAACAAUCGCCAUCAGAGACAGUGAUAUCCGUUGAUCCCUUAGGUCGAGUGUCUCCAUCUGUUAUGUCUGAGCCUUGCACCGGAGAUCCGGUGGAGAGGCCCAAGACCUUGCCCAAACCCACUAUCGCUCCCUACACUUCCCCUUCACUAGGACCCAUCGUGACAUGUCCAGCUGGAAAAGCGUGUCCCCACUCAUCCACAUCCGGCAAUAUCACCCUGGCACCAUCACCAUCUUCCGUCUAUAUGAGUGGUGGAGGUGUGACACAGAUGUCGAAUUGUCUUCAAUCCUCUCAGCAGCAAUCAGUGAUACAAGAUGUGAAUUCCAGAAACUUUAUGCAAAUGAACACAAUGGGAUCCCACAUCAAUCUCCUCGGAGGUCCCGAUGUGCCCGGGCUGAACGUGAGCAACAUCAUGAGUAUGGGCAUGGGCCAGAGUGAUGAAUCUCGAAACUCCCCGUCGCCAAACCAAUUCGUACCUGCCGGCUUUUGCCUCUCUCAGUCUUCUGAUGGAAAUGGCUCGCCACCUCAAGAAUCCCGCAAUGUUUCAUGUCCCUCAGUGAAGUGUAGUGUUCCUUCAUUCCAUUGUCAGCACCCUGGCCAAGGUUUCACAUGUUCCUCAGCCAGUCCUAAUUCAUGCCAGGUACAACAGCAAUUUUACCCGGCCCAACAACUCGCCUCUCCAAUGUUUCUCACUUCAACCAUAAGUCCAUUGUCAGCUGUCAACCCGGCUUACGGGAUUCCUACCUUAUGUCAACCAUCGACUCCAGCUAUUGUGGUCUGUUCCAAUGGCUCGCCAUUCUUCCUUCCUCAAUUCUCCCGACCCAUGAACCAGUUCCACUCCCAAGGGUCCAUGUGGGUCAACACGCCCAUUACCACUUCGACCGGCACUAGCGCUGGACACCAGGCAUGCAACCAUUCGACCGCUUUUGUCGCUCCAACCCCUCGGAUACCAUCCCCGGUGGAGGGCCCUCAGCUUGUCACUCCCCCAAAGGUGGCCUCUCCUGUCCCAGCAGCUACUUUGAAUGAGAUCAUCAAGGAGAACAGAAAGCGUUUGGAACAGAGCCAUUGGUAUUACCCGAAACUCAAGUGGGAUAGCAGCUCAGACCUGUUGGCCAAUGCGUCUCCAGGAACGUUCCUCGUUCGGGACUCGGCUGAUCCCCGAUUCCUCUUUUCAUUGUCAGUUCAGCGAAGCUCCGAAGGCCCCACGUCCGUGAGAAUCCAUUUCCGCGGAGGCAAGUUCCGCCUGGAUGCCGAGGAGUCCAUCCGUAAUCUGAUGCCCGAGUUCGCCUCCGUGGUCGACUUGAUCGAGUAUUAUCUCUCCAUGUCCUCGGCCCCUACGGCCGAUAUGGAGAAGAAGAAACAGGUGUGGAUUGACAACAUCGGCAAGCUCUCCUCACCCAUCUGUUUGAAACGACCUCUCUACAACAAAGUUCCCAGUUUAGCUCACUUCGCUCGGCUGUCCAUCAACCGACAGAAGACUGACGUGAAUAAGCUCAAUAGCCACGAGCAGCUUCAAUUGCCGACCAAGUUGGUAGACUAUCUCACGGAAUACCCCAACAUUGUUUAAAACGCUAUUGUGAUCUUCUGGCUGAGAGAAACCCGUGCGGCAAAACGACGACAUUCUCAAUCGACUUUUGCAAACAACUUUUAUAGGAGCACCUCUCCCACAAACCAUUCAUUCAUUCAUUUAUACACUACAACUAUAUGAUAAAUACAUUCAGAUAUAUGUCUACAUCUAUCAAAAGCGUUUGAGAAAAAGACCUACGAAAACGUACGAACCAUGAAAAUAAAACAUCACAACUUGAA